CAUGACAGCGCAGUUAUCUAUGACAUUAAAUGUAACUGCAGGGUUUGAGUAGCGAUCGAUAACUACCUUUGACAGUGUUUCAAGUAUGCCCUAACGCAUGAUCUGAGGUGUUUGUUACCUGCCUGUGUCAACAUGACCAUCUGACGUGUUUGUUGUGAGCUUGCACAUCAUGGCGAGAAAUCCAGUGGCCCUUUUGCUAUUUGUUCUUGUGUUAGUCUGUCUCAUAUCACUUUCAAAUUCUUCAUCUACGUCUUCUCCUCAAACCAGUGAUGUGACCUAUUCGACUACUCACAACAUUUCAGAACAUGGCGACGACCAUUCCUCUAAUCACAGCACCAAUCACAGUGAGCAUGAGGGGUCAAAUGGUCACCAUGUGGAGGUCGUAGAAAUUCGUUAUGAUGAAAUCCGUUCCCCCUUCUUGUUUACAAUUGUUGUGUUGGUUGCUGUUAUCAGUAAGAUGGGUUUUCACUAUGCUGACAAACUCUCAUCCUUUCUCCCAGAGUCGUGCCUCCUCAUCAUUGUUGGAGUAGUCUUUGGAGCCAUCAUCUAUUUCUCCGGUUCUAGUGGUGACCUGCAGGCAUUUUUCACUCCAGAGACGUUUUUCCACUAUCUCCUUCCUCCAAUAAUCUUGGAGUCGGCCUUUAAUUUGUAUGACAGGACGUUUACAGAAAACAUUGGCAGCAUUCUUAUCUUUGCUGUAUUUGGGACAAUAGCAGCAUGUUCAUUGCUUGGUGAGUAUGCCAUGUAUAUCGUCUUUGUUUCCCUAUAAAAACAUCAUCUUGCAUCUUGACUUGGAUCUAACGGUUCUCUUCCACUUACAAUAAAUCCUGGUAUAACAUUUGUCUUAGUUCCUGAUAAGAUUACCAGAUACAUCACAUUUUAAUGAGUCUGUCUACAGCCAGGGAAAUUAGUUAGAGUACAGAAUAGCAAAAUGCAUUAUGACAAAUUGAUUUGAACACAGAUGGAUGUAGAAAUUCGAAGGAAGUUAGUGUAGAUGUAUGUUCUUUU